GGCUGACGGCGGCAGGGACCGCGGCAUUGCCGACGCACCGGGCAUCUCGGUUUCGCCGUCUCGAUCUCCCUGGUUGGGGCCUGUCGUGUAGCUCAUCACACAAAACAGAAUGGCUGACCUUGACCUGGACAAUGAGUUUGAGGGCCAGGGCGACUCGGGCGCCUCCACUACCUUCCCUAUGCAAUGUUCGGCUCUGCGCAAGAACGGCUUUGUCAUGCUGAAGGGGCGCCCCUGCAAGAUUGUCGAGAUGUCUACCUCCAAGACGGGAAAGCACGGCCAUGCCAAGGUCCACAUGGUCGGCAUAGACAUUUUUGUGGGCAAGAAAUAUGAGGACAUCUGUCCGUCGACGCACAAUAUGGACGUGCCAGUGGUGCGGAGGUUCGACUUACAGCUGAUCGACAUCGAGGACGGCUUCUGCACGCUGAUGGACGACAAGGGCGAGACGCGCGGUGACCUGCGGCUGCCAGACGGCCCCGUUGGCCAGCAGAUCCAGAAGGACUUCGACGACGGCAAGGAGCUGCUGUGCACGGUGCUGAAGGCGUGCGACGACGAGUGCAUCGUGGCCACCAAGGUCAACACGGCCGCUUAGAUGUCGCCGGCGCCGCCGGCGGAGGUGGCGUCGGCCGCCGCUCCCCCUCGGCGCCGCGCGCGGGGGCCGCCUUCCCGGCCGCCGACGGUGCCCGGACGCGCGGUGCGGCCGCGGUGUCGCCUGGUGGCGGGUUCGAGUGGUGCUGCCUUCCCCGUAGUCCCCGGUCUAGUCGCGUGAGGUGCCGCGCCUUGUCCCGUGGAGUCAGGCACUGGCGGAGCGCGGCCGCCGGCCUGGCGUCAGAGGGAGCGGUGACGUCAGAAGGGGUGCGGCCCGGCGGUGACCGCCGGCGCCGGCGCUCUCCCCAGCGCGCCGAGAACGGCCAGUCACCGACCCGGCUACCGGUCUUCCUUCUGCUGUGUGGGAGAUCGACUCCGCGUUAUGGUCAGUGUGGGGCUUUGGGCAGAGGAGCGGCGAUGGUCGGUAGAUAGCGUGUGUUGUUGAGGUGGGCCUCGCCAGCUGACCGGCCGGAGUGACCCCUUCCUGGUGUGACUGUGGUUGUGAAUACGAGCUUUGUAACUAAUACUAAUCCGUACUCACGGAGUGGAAACUCGGGGAAUGGGAGAGUGACGGGCAGAACUGGCAUCAAUGAGAUGUUUUUAAAACGUCCUUUUUAAUCGUUGUGGAUUUACUCAGUGUGCUGGAUUGUACCAAUGCUCUAAACAUUUACACCGCAUGGUCAGGGAAGCUUGCGCGUUUUUACUGCAUGGUCUGGGAAGCUUGCGCACUUUCGUACCGUGGCCGCUUUUCAAACGGUCCGACCGCGUUGCCGUGUGUUGUGGCUGACACUGGGCGUGCCGCGAACGCGCCGCUGGCUAGUGCAGGCCCGAUGUGGGGACGGCCCGACUGCGGACAGGGUGUGCCUGUCGCGAGUAGCCCCGCCCUCGGGCGCGCGGCGUGAAGCACUGCGCUGGGGCGGGGCCGGGUGAGGGCGAGCGACAGAGCUGACAUCUGUCGGGGCUCGGUGGUAGUUGCUGGGAUGACCGACCGGAUUGAGGCUGAUGGAGUCGGGAUUGCAGAUGGAAGGCUAGUCGUGGUCCUAGUCAGGCACUAGUGUCGCUGCUUGGUUUGAAUGUGUGUGGUGAUAACAGUUUUGUUGCCGUGUACGCAAUGAUUGCUCAGGCGGGGAUGUUCCGUGAUGGGUUUGAUCACUGAUAUUUAUAUCAGUUUGCUGACAUCGAUCGAUAACGUGCCAAAAAUAGGUAAUCUUACCGACCGCCUACCUGUGAAAUGUGACGUCCUGCAGCGGUGUGAUCCUUAAUACAUUUGUAUUGUUCUGA